AUGGUAAGACCAUACAGCUUGAAUGGGUGCAACAAAUUGUUAAAGAUGGCUUUCAGGAACAAUCUCAGCGACGCUGAAAAAGCGGCUUACAUCGACGCUGAGCUUUGCUUGAUGUCAUCCCCUCCGAAGCUGAACAUCGAAGGCGCGAAGAACCGAUGGGACGAGUUGAUGUACUCCCACGUUGUUCAGUCGAACAUCAUACACGAUGUGGGCGCCUUCCUGCCUUGGCACCGUCUCUACAUGCGCGCCCACGAACUACUUCUCCAGAACGAGUGCAACUACACAGGCGCACAGCCCUACUGGGAGGAGUCUCUCGAUGUCACUGCGCUCAACGAGUCUUCCGUCUUCGAUCCAGACACAGGAUUCGGCGGCAAUGGCGUUGGAGAUGAUGAGUGUGUCGCAGAUGGCCCGUUCCAGAACCUCACGCUCCACAUCAAUCAGACCUCGAGCUCUGCGAACUACUGCCUUUCACGCAGCCUCGACUCCUCCAACUUCCAAAAAGCGAACCAGACAUACAUCGAUGCCUGCUACGCAUCGGCGAACUACUCUGAGGCAUGGCAGUGCUACAAGUCUAGCCCUCACACCGCUGGACAUGCGGGCGUAGGAGGGACGAUGCUUGAUGUAGUGGCCAGUCCCGGAGAUCCUCUCUUCUUCCUGCACCACACAAACUUGGACCGCUUGUGGUGGGUCUGGCAGAGCGCGAACCUUUCAGCGCGCCUGACCGACAUGACCGGACGGAACGUCCCUCUUACAAGCUACUUGGAGCAAAAUGACUUUGAAUACCCGGGCGCUGAUAUUCUCGACUAUGAUGGUGACUCGGGUAAUGUCACAACCUUGAAUCAUAAUUUGUGGAUGGUGGGAAUUAUUGCGAAUGCUACGGUGGGUGAUGUGAUGGAUCUGGGAGGAGAGACUAUCUGUGCAGAGUAUGUCUAA